AUGUUUCAAAGAUAUGCCACUGGUGAACUGGUUCUGAUGGACGCCACGUACAAAAUGACAAGGUACGCAAUUCCGCUCUCUUUAGUUCGUGUACAUACUAACGUGGGAUAUAAGGUUGUGGCUGAAUUCAUGUGCCAGUCAGAAGAUCAAGCCUCUAUAACUGAAGCACUUGCCAUAAUGAAGGGAUGAAACCCAGCGAGGCAUUAACGUACUUCAUGGUGGAUUAUUCCGAUCCAGAAAUCACUGCCUUUGUAGAACAAUUUCCCAACAGUUAGGUGUACAUUUGCAAUUUCCAUAGAUUACAAGCAAUGCACUGUUGGGCAAAGUCAAAGAAGAAUGGCCUUUCCUCUGAUGAGCAAGAGAUAUUCUUAA